AUGCCUGAUGUAUGCACAUGCGGCCUGCCGCCACAAGCAUACCGCGUCCCGUUCUUCGUGCUCGAAUGCCCCAACCUGAAGCUGAAGAAACCGCCCUGGGUGCACAUGCCGUCGGCCAUGACGGUGUACGCGCUGGUGGUGGUGUCGUACUUCCUCAUCACCCGAGGAAUAAUUUAUGAUGUUAUUGUUGAGCCUCCAAGUGUUGGUUCUAUGACCGAUGAACAUGGACAUCAGAGACCAGUAGCUUUCUUGGCCUACAGAGUAAAUGGACAGUAUAUUAUGGAAGGACUUGCAUCCAGCUUUCUGUUUACAAUGGGAGGUUUAGGUUUUAUAAUCCUGGACCGAUCGAAUGCACCAAACAUUCCAAAACUCAAUAGAUUUCUUCUUCUAUUCAUUGGAUUCGUCUGUGUCCUAUUGAGUUUUUUCAUGGCUAGAGUAUUCAUGAGAAUGAAACUGCCGGGCUAUCUGAUGGGUUAAAAAAUGCCUUUCGAGAAGAAAUCAGUGGAUAUUGGAUUUGCUCCUGUUAAUGAACUUUUAAAGGCUGUACCAAUCCUCUGAUGUGAAAUAUGGGAAAAGAGUGAAACAGCAGAAAAGAAGCAUCUAGUGAAAAAUCGGAAGCACAUUAAAGCUUGAACUAGAAUGCUUGGUAUCAAAGAGACAAGCUUAUCACAGUAUUUUUUCCUGCUGGCCUAUACUGAUGUACCAACGAUGUUAAGUAACAUUUUCUUCUUAGUUUUUCAUUUCUUAAAGAAAAUAUACUCCAUUUCUACAACUAUA